AUGAAGAGUCUCUGGAAGAAGAUUAAAUCCCUUUUCGCUCCCAGCAGCACCACUGACUUUACCCGCUUUCACCCGCCCCCACCCCCGCCGCCCCCGCCACCCCCGCCACCGCCCCCGCCCCCGCCACAGUCCCCGCCACAGUCCCCGCCCCCGUCCCCGCCCUCCAAUCAUCCCCCGCCCACCCCCAGGUAUCCCUGGUCAACCACCUAUCUCCAGCUUCGUCCUCCCCUCUUUCCUCCAGCAUCAUCCGAUCAGGAUGUCCCCCAUCUCCCCCUCCCUCCCUUUUCUCCCUUUCCUCGCUAUGGCUUUGCCUCUCCCCAGAAUGCUACUCCAAGCGAAGACAUCUAUUUAUUUGGUGGCCUUGUCGCCGACAAGGAGCAGAACGAUCUUUACAGAAUUUCCAUCUCUGACAACUCUUCCACUCUCAUUCAAGCCAAGGGCGACAUUCCCAGUCCUCGCGUCGGUCAUGCCUGUGUUCUCCGCAACCAUGCUCUCGCCGUCUGGGGUGGCGAUACAAAUAUUUAUCAGCUUCCUUCUCACCAGUACGACAAUGGUCUAUAUCUCUUCAAUUUACUAACUCACGAAUGGUCCUUGAUCAAAGUCUCGGGUCCUGCUCCCAUCGGUCGCUAUGGUCAUACCAUGGCCCUCUUGGGCACGAAAAUCAUCUUGUUUGGCGGUCAGUCCAACUCGGAAUUCUUCAAUGAUAUCUGGGCCUUUGAGUUGCAGACGAUAAAAUCAAAACCUGUCUGGGACUGGAAAUUUGAACCCGCCACUCCAGCGAGACCUGCCCCAAGGACCUCCCAUUCGUGUGUCGCUUACGGUGAUAAUCAAAUUAUCAUUUUCGGUGGAACAGACGGCAUGUAUUACUACAAUGACAUUUGGUCAUUUAAUCUACAAACCAGAAUUUGGACGGAACUGUCCUGCACUGGAUAUAUUCCCGCUCCGCGAGAAGGCCACGCUGCCGCCAUUGUCGACCACAUAAUGUACAUUUUUGGUGGUCGGGGCUUGGACGGCAGGGACCUUGGUGACCUGGUGGCACUCAACAUCUCGACUCGACGCUGGUUCAUGUUCCAAAAUACUGGUCUGGCACCCAGUGCCCGAUCAGGUCAUGCUAUGGCUACUAUCAAAUCCAACAUCUUUCUUUUCGGUGGUGAUUCCUUUACUAAGCCCUUUCUAGAUGAUUCAAGUCCUAUACAUAUUCUCGAUACUGAUCUUUUGAAAUACCCAGACCGUUGUGCAAUACCCUCUCAUGCAUAA